AUGUCGAGGAACGUUCCACAGGCUCCUAUAGCCAGUGUUACGACUCGUAUCAUCGAUUUACCAUUAUUACAAAUGGAAAACAAAACAUCGGAAUUCAAACUCGAAACUCUUCACCAACCUCUUCACUUGAAUCCUGCCAAUUUCCAAUUCAGCUUUACAGGAACAAAUGCAUGGUAUUCUGGAGUUGAAAUGGCCGUAGCAGUUCAAGCAAAUAAUAUUCGCUUUCAAGCAAUUAGAGAUGCCGUUCUUCAUAUCCAUGUUUAUCUAAAUCGUCAAGAAAUAUAUAAAUCAAAUACAUCAUCACCAGCAGAUAUAAUGCCGCAACGAAAUUUGUCUCACGUUUUCAGAUUCAGACCAUUUAUUCCAGGAGAUAUGCACAUUAGAACAGCAAUUAAAGGAUUAUUCAACUCACAACCAUUCGAGGUUUCCGAUACUAUUGUCGUUAAAAUCAUUCCAUCAUUCGAUAUCCAAACAAGAGCAAGUCACAAGCAAAUUGUUGAAGUUAAAAUGCGAAAUGACAUUCCGAUUGGUGUUACAAAUAUUACGCUCUCAGGUUCUAAUGGUGAGAAGAUGUUUGUAACAGAUAGAAUGGAGCCAGGAAAUGUUUAUUGCGGAAUUAUCAAAAUGCUUGGAAUUUCGAAAGAUGUUACAAUUAAUUUCGACCUACCAUUCGGAAAAGACUGUGUUAUGAAAGCAAGCAUACAACAAGCACCAAGCGAACCUCAUUAUCCUUUGAGUUUCGAAUUUAUUGGUAUACCACAAUCUUAUAAAUGUUUUAAGCCAUUUGAUGCAACAAUUAAAGUUACAAACCAUGAAAAAGUGCCAUUAUCCGGAAAAGCUCAAAUUGAAACAAAGAAUCAAGGAAUUUAUCCUCACGGAUCGACUCAGUUCGAAGUAGAAAAGCUAGAACCAGGUAAAUCAACAGAAAUACAUAUGCAAUAUGUUGGAAUGAUUCCAGGAGUUCAACAAAUUCCUCCAAUUAACUUUACUAUUGCCCAACUUCCUCCUUUCAAGAUUACACCAUCUUGUGGAGUCAUUUUGAUUGGAACGGGUGACUUAGAUUGA